CUAGCCCACGAACCUUUCUCUCUAGCCAAGUGGUCUCUUCCGCCUUCCGGUUCCGGUCAGAGACGAGACGACGACGGCCUCUGCCUCUGCCUCGUCCGCUCCCCGAGCCUCAGAUCGCCGCCGCGUCCGCCAUGGCGGCCGGCUCCGCGGCUACCCUCCUCGCGGCCGUCGCCUGCGCCGUCCUCGUGCUCCUCGCCCCCGCCGUCUCCGGAGAUGCUGCUACACUGGAAUCUGUUCCAGAUCUUGUGAAGGCAAUGUAUGUAAACAUUGAAAGCUUCCCUUGUGUCAGGCUGCUGAAUCUUUCUGGUGAAAUCGGCUGCUCUAAUCCUGGGCACGGCCUGGUUAUUGCACCGAUUGUAAGAUUCAAAAACAGCGAUGACCAGUUGGCUCAACCAUCUGCAGUUCUUCUUCCCUUGGAUCAGAUGCCAGCUUUCUUUCUGAGGGUAUCCAAUGAUCCAGAACUUUACCAUAAGGUUGCCGGUGUACUGGUUGAAUCAAAUGGUGACAAGUUACUAGAGUUGUCACCGGAUAGAAAAUUUCCACAAGAGGAUUUUGCACCAUACUCAAAUGUCAGCCAUGAUUGGAAUCCUUCUGGGUCAGGUAUUAUGUGGAACAGAUAUGAUUUUCCCGUGUUUCUACUUUCAGAGGAGAGCACACAGACUCUGCGAAAGAUUGCGGACAAGAAUGAGAAGUCUAGCAAUGGAUAUCAAGCAAAUGUAGCGGAAUUUGACCUUGUUAUGCAGACGACUAAAGCUGAAACAAAUGGUUCAGAGUCCUGCCUCAAAGAGCAGUCGUGCUUGCCCUUAGGAGGACAGAGUGUAUGGGCUUCGUUACCACCAAUGAGCAAUGCAUCAGCAGAGCAUCAGAAACCAAUAAUAAUGGUUGUUGCAUCCCAGGAUUCUGCAUCGUUCUUUAGGGACCGUAGUCUGGGUGCUGAUUCUCCCAUAUCAGGAUUGAUUGCUUUGCUCACUGCUGUUGAUGCUCUUUCUCACCUUCAUGAUCUAGGCAAACUCAAGAAACAGCUUGUAUUUGCUGCUUUUGAUGGUGAAGCAUGGGGUUAUCUUGGUAGCAGAAAAUUCUUACAAGAACUGGAUGAAGGUGAUGAUUCUGUGAAUGGCAUUAACAGCUCAAUGAUUGAGCAGGUACUGGAGAUUGGUUCGGUUGGCAAGGGCAUAAGCCAAGGAGAUACAUUAUUUUAUGCACAUGCUUCAAGGAAUUCAUCAAUUUCAAAGAAGAUUUUAGAUGGUCUCCAAAGUGGCAGUGAUUCACUUGGCUCUGAUAAUGUCAAAGUAAAACCAGCAGCUUCAUCAAACCCUGGUGUACCACCAUCUUCAUUGAUGUCAUUCAUGAGAAAGAAUACAUCAACUUCUGGAGUUGUGUUAGAGGACUUCGAUUCCCAGUUUUCCAAUAGAUUUUAUCACAGCCAUUUGGACAGCCCUGCAAACAUCAAUUCCUCAUCAAUAGCAGCAGCUGCUGCUUUGGUUGCGAGGUCAUUGUACAUUCUUGCUACUGGUGAUAUGACCGUCGAUCUCAUGACACUGAACACUAUAAAAGUGAACGUUACACUGGUAGAAGAAUUGAUUGGAUGUCUACUGACCUGUGAUCCCGGUCUUUCUUGUGGCAUCGCGAAGAGCUUCAUUUCUCCAAGCAAUGCCUGCCCGAGUCACUAUGUUGGUGUUUUCCAGGACUCACCUUCUAGCACGCAGUUUCCUUCAUAUGCAGAUGAUACCUCCCGGUUCAUAUGGAACUUCUUGGCAGACAGAACUUCUACUUUGGCAAGCAACGUAAGCUCUUGUACUGUGAAGUGCAACAACGAAAGUGAAGUAUGCGUAGGGGGAGAAGUGGAGGGUGGAGGCCGGUGCGUUGUAUCGACAACAAGGUACGUUCCUGCCUAUUCAACCAGGCUGAAGUUCGAGGACAACGCCUGGCACGUUCUUCCGGCAAACUCUUCUGACCCCAUGGGUGCAGCGGACCCCGUAUGGACCGAGAGCUACUGGAACACCAUCAGCCUGAGGGUCUACGCGGUGCAGUCCACGACCUCCGACAGGCUCAUCCUUCUCGCCGGGCUCGCCGUCACCGCGGCGUCGUAUCUCGGGGUGGUCGUCGGCAGAGCAUACAUCUCGAAGAUCACGAAGCGAGACUGAAAACAUGACAGCGUGUAUCAUAUAGAACUGACUUGGCAACUUUGUAGGGAUGGACCGAGUAUGGAUGUAAUUCUUGAGCGUAGCGAUGCAGACUUCCACCAGAGCAUAUCAAUAUGUAUGUGGCCUGGGUGGGUUGCCGUGCGGAUUGUUGUUGGUAGGUACUGUAGAUGCUUUGGUAAUGUGCUUCGAGCAGGCUACUUGCGUGUGCAUAGUGGACGACAAGUGCAUCAUGUUGCGGUUUUUGUUGUGCACGUCUUCCGUGCGAGUAAGACUUUGCCCAA